CGGCGGAGCAGCUAAGCAGAGCGCACUGCAAUUGAAUGUUUUGCCGGUUAGAACCAGGUGGCUUUAGCAGCUGCUGCUGUCGGACUGGAGCAGUGAGAGGAAGAGCAGACAUGAGCGGUAACCAGGGCUGACUCGAGUGAUCGGGGCUAAGGGGGAGCAAAUGGAUUCAGCAGAAAACAAGACAUAUAAGGCUGAACAGAAAUCCCGGAAGAUUCUGAAAAGUUUGACCCGGAAGCAUCCCAAAGACUUGCUGUUGGUGAUUGGCACAGGAGUGAGUGCAGCUGUUGCACCUGGGAUACCCGCACUCUGUUCCUGGAGAGGCUGCAUUGAAGCGGUCAUUGAAGUCGCAGAGCAGCUGGAAGUUUUACAUCCAGGAGAUGUUGCGGAGUUCAGAAAGAAAGUGCACAAAGAGCGAGACCUGCUAGUUGUGGCUCAUGAUCUAAUAAGAAAAAUGUCACCACGUACUGGUGACCCCAAACCCAGCUUUUUCCAGGACUGCCUAAUGGAAGUAUUUGAGAAUUUGGAAACCCACAUUCAGAAUCCUGUUGUCCUGGAAUCAAUCCUCAACUUGAUGGAAAAAGGAACUAUGGUUCUCACUACAAACUAUGACAACCUGCUAGAAAUAUUUGGACAGCAACAGGAUAAACCUAUGGAAUCUCUAGACCUUAAAGACAAAAUAAAAGUUCUUCAGUGGGCAAGAGGCCAUAAUAAAUAUGGUGUAUUACAUAUCCAUGGCCUUUACACGGAUCCUUGUGGAAUGGUGUUGGAUCCCUCGGGAUAUAAAGAUGUUACCCAGGAUCCUGAAGUUAUGGAAGUGCUACAGAAUUUGUACUGUACCAAAUCUUUCCUUUUCCUUGGUUGCGGAGAGACGUUGCGUGACCAGAUCUUUCAAGCCCUCUUUUUGUAUACUGUACAAAAUAAAGUGGGUUUAGAACACUACAUGUUGGUCCUAAAAGAGAAUGAAGAUCAUUUCUUCAAGUUGCAGGCAGAUAUGCUUCUAAAUGGCAUCAAAGUAGUGUCUUAUGGUGAUUCUUUUGAAUGUUUCCCAGAAUAUGUGAGAGAUCUUUCUGCUCAGAUAUGCAAGCAAAAUAGUCCAGGAUCUCCCCACCCAAAUGAUUCUAAGAGAAAGCAGGGAGAAAAUGGAAUUAAUGUGCAAAAGAAAACAAGACACAAUGAUCCUGAAGAAAAACGUGGAACAGUAUAAUAUGGUUUAUGGAAUGUUACAUGGUGCUGGAAAUCUACAGUGUAGUAUCUGUACACAGCUUGGCUUAGACAGUGUCACCUAAUCCAACAUAAAAGAUAGAAUGCGCAGUGAAGAAAUGCUAGAAAAAUGACCACUGUCCAGACAAAAGCAGCAUUUCUGCACCUGCCACGCAUUUUCUUAAGCCUAUAAAGUAUUGAGUUAUUACAAAAAUGACUCUGUUAAUAAGUUUUUGAAAUAAGCCAUGGAUUUGUAAUUUGGCACAUUGCUUUAUCCAUGUGUAUUUGCCAACAGCAGUGCAAUUCUUGUAAAUGAAAACAAAUAUUUUUUUGCAGUUUCAAUAAUUCCUAGACAAUCUAAAACACACAAACUGAAUAACAACUAUGGUCUUUCUGUAAAAUGAGCUGCAUAUGUUUGGUAAAGUAACUUGAUUUCAAUAACGACAUACUUUGUUAAAUUUAAAUCAAAUUAGAAUGCAUUUUUUUUAGUACUUUUUAUUGUCUUAAGAAUUUUGUAAAUAUUAAAGCUUUAAAAAAAAAAAGUA